AUGGAGAAGCAGUCGACCGGGUCUGUCAAUGUCGAUGGUUCCGAGCCAUCACCAUCUGGCCUGGAAAGCCAAACAUCUGAUGCCAUGAAGCCCACCACUGGGGGUGUGUUUGCCAGGCUAAAUAAGAGUAUUACCUCCAUCAGGUUUCUUGAAGCUCGUGGCAUCGAACGUGUGCCUGAGUCCGAGCGGCACAACCUUGCUGCUGCCGAUUACGUACAGAUGGCUCUACUUUGGUUCAGUACAAACAUCACUGCCAACAACAUUGCAGUUGGUAUGCUCGGUCCGCUUGAUUAUGGCUUGAGUUUUGUCGAUUCCGCUCUCUGUGCCACUUUUGGAGCGCUUCUCGGUGCAGCUGGUGCGGCGUAUAUGGGAACAUGGGGUCCGGUCAGCGGUAACCGUACGAUGGUCAUUGCGCGAUACUUUAUGGGCUACUACCCCAGCAAGAUCUGUGCCCUUCUUAACAUUGUUAUUAUGCUGGGAUAUGGAAUGAUUGACUGCCUCGUUGGUGGUCAGAUUCUCUCAGCCGUCGCCGGCGGGAGUAUGUCUGUUGUUGUGGGCACCAUAAUUGUGGCGAUAAUCACCUGGAUUGUUGUCAUUUUUGGCAUGUCUAUCUUCCACGCCUACGAAAGAUGGGCUUGGCUACCACAGAUUAUUGCGCUCUUUGUCCUCGUUGGUUCUGCAGGGCCUAAAUUCGAUACCAACAUUGCCUCCGUAGGCGAUACAAGAGACAUUGCCGGCAACCGUCUGUCAUUUUUCUCUCUUUGUCUCUCCUCUGCCGUUGCCUGGGCACCCGCCGGUGCAGACUAUUAUGUUUACUACCCCCCGACUACAAAAAAAUGGAUUACCUUCACCAUGAGCUUUCUCGGAAUCGGCCUUGCCUUGGUAUUUGCCAAUCUACUUGGUGUUGGCCUUGGCUCCGGUACUUAUAUCAAUGCCGAUUGGGCUGCUGCCAACGAUGUCUCGUCUGGUGCUCUGGUCGUGCAAGGCUACAACGGUUUGGGUGGCUUCGGGAAGUUCCUCAGUGUUCUUAUUUCUCUUGGUCUCAUUGCGAACAACAUUCCUGGCACUUACUCUGCCACGCUUGGUUUUCAAACUCUUGGGCGCUAUGGAUUGGCACUUCCCCGUUGGUUUUGGACUUGUGUGGGCGUCAUUAUUUAUACUGCGUGUGCCUUGGGUGGACGCAAUCAUCUUUAUGAAAUCUUCGAGAACUUUCUAGCUUUGAUGGGCUACUGGGUUACCAUUUUCCUAGUUAUCGUGCUUGAAGAACACAUGAUAUUUCGCUGGGGCAAGAUUGCCCCCGCGUUUGAUUGGUCUAUGUGGGCAGACCGCAGCAAGCUGCCCCUCGGCCUUGCUGCUUUCACUGCAUUCGUGGUCGGAUGGGUCGGUAGUGUCUUGUGUAUGUACCAGAUAUACUAUGUCGGGCCCAUCGCCAAGUUGGCCAGCCCCGAGGGUGCCGAUUUGGGCAUUUGGGUAGGAUGCUCCUGGGCUAUGCUUGUCUUUCCACCCCUCAGGUGGCUAGAACUGAAGAAGUUUGGCCGGUGA